AUGGAUCUUAAGGUUUAGAAUAUAAUAGAAGAUGUUCAACGUUUAGAAGUAGUAAAAAUGAAGAAAUCUUUUACAAAGAAGAUGUCAACAAAGUAACAAUUUAAUGAUAUCUUGUUUAUAGAUCGAUUAGAAUAUUGUCAAAUAAAUUACGAAUAGCAUUACAUAUGUUGGAAGGUGAAUGGAUUAGUAAGAAUAAUACAUCAUUCUAAUAUAAAUGGGCAUCAAUUAAAAUGAAGAAUAUUUAGCAGUAGAAAUGUUUAGUAUUUUUAGAGUAAUGAAGAUUGAUAUGAAGAAAUGGGAUAAAAAAUAAUUUGAAUUAUUGAUUUGUAGAAUAUGUGAAAAGAAAGUACAAGCUAUUGAAAUGAAAAUACAUUGUGAAGAUUGUCAAAAAUCUGCAGAGGCAAAGAAAAGAAUAUUAGAAUUAAAUUUAGAAAUGGCUAAUCUUUGUGAAGCAGCUUAUUAAGAAAAAAGAAAUGCAUAAGUAAAAUAAGCUUUAAUAAAGUAAGAUUUGAUAAUAGUUAGUAAAAAUAAGAAAGUAUAAAAAAAUAAUAAUAAAUUCAGAAGAACCCAGACUUUUAAUAAUGAUGAUCAAGAAAAUGAAUAAGAAUUAAUCAAUAUUAAUAAUGCUAUGACUAUCAUUAUAAAUUAUGCUGAUAAAAUAGUCAAUUAAUCUAAUGAUGAUCCUAAGUGUAAGAAUUAUCUGACUAAAUAGAAAAUCUGGUAAUCCUUAAUGAUUUAUCCAAUGCAGGCAAUUAUAUUGAGAGUAAUGAAGCUAAGACUAUAAUUACACGAGUUCAUAAAAGUAUCCUUGAUAGAAUGGAAUAUUUCAAAAAAUAAGAAGGUCAUCAUUAAUAAUAUGAUAUGACUCUCUAAUUAUCCAAAAUCUAAGCUAUGAAAAAAUCCUUUGCAAAAUAAAAUUCACUAUCAUUUCGCUAAUCUAAAUUUUCUUAAGUAUCUCAAUCUCCAAGAAAUCGUGUUGUUGAUCCUAUAUUUGAAUAAGAAGAAGGAGAAAAAUAGAAUUAACCUAUCAUUCCAAGAAGAAGAGAAUUUAAAAUGAAUACUUCAAUAUUUAAAGUUAAUGAAGGUUGUGACAGUCCAAGAAUUUCAAAUAAACCAUAUACAGCAGGUUUUAUAAAUGAUCAUACAGAUUCUGAUAGUGUUAAAUAGCCAUUCUCUUUUGAUUCUGAUAUUGGAGACAAUAAAGUACCAUCAAUUAAAGAAGAGCAUAAUAAUUCAUCUUCAGAAGAAGAAUCUAGUAAAUCUAAUGCUUCUAAUCAACUCAGAAGAUAACUUAAAAUUAAAUAAAAGAAGAAACGAGUCUCUAAUUUUCAUUCUUAAGAUAUUUAAUAAGCAAGCACUCCAACAUCCUCUUCUUAAUAAUAAGUUUAAGUAAAUAAGAAAAGCAAAUUCAGUAGUAAUGCUUCAAAUAAUAGUCCUUAAUUAAUUUAAGAAUAGAUUGAUCCAGUUAAUAUUGAUAAAGGUUAUCAUUCUGAUUCUGAUAUGAUCAAAACUAAUUCUAAUGUAUCAAUUGAGUAGAAGAAUGUUGGUAUUAAGGAUUUUGAAUUUAUUAAGCCUUUGGGUAAGGGAGCUUAUGGAUGGGUUUUUUAAGUGAAAAAGAAAGGAUCAGGAGAUAUGUAUGCAUUAAAGAUUAUAGAUUGUGCUUAACGAGUAUUAAUUAAAUAAUUACUAAUAGAAUUUAGAAGCUUUUUUAGAAUAAUUAAAGGCAGAAAGAAAUAUAUUUGAAAUACUCAAUAGUCACUUUGUUGUUAAGGCAUACUUCUCAUUUGUUCAUGAACAUUAUUUAUGUUUUGUUUAAGAAUAUAUGGUAGGUGGUGAUUUAGCUAGUAUUUUGAAAACUUAUACAGCAUUAGAUGAAUUUUAUGUUAGACAUUAUAUGGCUGAAAUAGUAUUAGCUUUAGAGUAUUUGAGAAAUCAAAAUAUUGUACAUAGAGAUUUAAAACCAGAAAAUAUUUUAUUAGAUUCUUAAGGACAUGCAAAAUUGGCUGAUUUUGGAUUAUCUGAAAAAGGUUUGAAUAGUAGAUUAAAAAUGAAAAGAGAGAGUUAAUAAUUACCAGAUUGUAUUUAAUAGUAAUUUAAUGAUUCAUCAGAAUUUUAUGAACAUAUAAAAAAGGCUGAAUCAAUUUUUAUUGAAUCUAAAAAUAGUGGAAAUAAAAAGUAAUUUUUAUAUAUUUUUUAAUUUAGAAUUAUUGGUACUCCUGAUUAUAUUGCACCUGAAAUUAUUUAAGGUGUUUCAGUAACUAAUUAUUCAGCAGAUUAUUGGAGUUUAGGUGUUAUUAUGUAUGAAAUGUUAUGUGGUAUUGCACCAUUUAAUGAUGAUACUGUUGAGAAGAUAUUUGAGAACAUUCUUAAUUUAAGAAUUGAAUGGCCUAAAUUAGGAGAUGAUGGAGUAGAAUGUAUUUCAUAUGAUUCUUAUGAUCUUCUUACACGUUUAUUAGAAUCUGAUUACAAGAAGAGGAUUGGUCAUGUUUCUAUUGAUGAAAUUAAAUAGCAUAAAUUCUUUAAAGGUUUUAAAUUUCAUUAUUAUUAUUAUUUAAUAGGUAUUGAAUGGAAUACAUUAUUAAAUAAACCAGGUGUUAUUAUUCCUGAUUUGGAUUAAUCUUCAAGAGACACUGAAAAAAUGGAAUAAUUCUUAGUUAAAUUAACAAAACCAACUAAGGAUUAGGAACAUAAGAAAUUAACAUAACAAUUAAAGAAUCAAUUGUAAAAUUUGGAACGAAUUGAUCUUUUGAAAUAAAGAAGUGUAUAAGAGGCAGAGGAAUAUAUGUAUUUUAUUCUAUUUAUUAUUAAUUUUAGAUAGAUGAUAGAAAGAGAACAAAGUAAUAUUCAAAUAUAGAUUGAUUAACUUACUUAAUUUACUGCAAAGCUAUAUUCUUCACAUAUGAAAAAUAAAUGA